AUGGCACGCUUCAACCGUCUUGCCCUGAUGGUGAUCGCGGUCCUCGUGAUCGUCUACUUGACGACAUCGGCAGGCGCCACGAAAGACCGCGUCGGUACAUGCAUACGGAACUGCGCACAAUGCAAGAGAAUGUUCGGCGAGUACUUCGAGGGUCAGCGCUGCGCUGAAUCCUGCCUCAAGUUCAAGGGGAAAUCUAUUCCGGAUUGCGAGGACAUCAACACUAUCGAGCAAUUUAUUCAUCGGGUCGAUGAGGACGAGGACUAG